AUGGCGUUCCUCCUCCUCCUCCUCCUCGCAUCAUCCACCACCACCACCACCACCGCCGCCGUUCCUUGUCGCCCUCACCCUCCGGCCUCCUCCCCCGUCAUGCCACCCCCCAUUCUCCCCCCCAUCCAGCUCCGCCAUCGCUCGCGCAUCCGCCCCCGCCCCCUCACCGCAGAGGCCUUCUCCCCCUUUGGCGACGUCAUCCACAACCCCCGACCGGACGUGCACCCGUCCGCGCUGCCCCCGGCCGGCGCCGCGGCCCUCCUCCCCCCCAACGCCGUCGCCGCCAACCAGGGCUCCGCCAUCCAGUACCGCCACGCCAGCCGCGUCCGCAACCUCUACGCCCAGGCGCCCGGCCGCGCGGCCUCCCCCGUCGUCAGCCUGUUUGUCUGCGCGGCGCGAGCGCCCCGCGCCGCCUGCCCGCUGCGCGUCCUGGAGAGGCACCCGUUCACGACGCAGACCUUUGCGCCCGUCCGGUCCUCGGCGCGGGCGUACCUGGUCGUGGUGGCGCCGAGCCUGCCCGCCGGCGAGCUGGACGAGCGGUUCCCGGCGCCGCCGGCGGGGGGCGGCCUGCCGGGCCGGGGGCUGCCGGACCUGCCGCGCCUGCGGGCCUUUGUCGCGACGGACGCGCAGGCCGUGACGUACGGCGCGGGCACGUGGCACGCGCCCAUGGUGGCGCUGGGGGCGGCCGGCACGACGCUGGACUUUGUGGUGUCGCAGUUUGCGAGCGGCGAGGCGGACGAGGACUGCCAGGUGGUUGAGGUGGAGGGCGUCGAGGUGGAGGGCGUCGAGGUCGCGGGGGAUCACGGUGCACGGCAGGGCGUGUCAAAGCUGUGA